CUGACCCCAGCGACUUGCUGUAGAAACGUCACCGGAGAACAGAGAAAACAUGGAGAGAAAACGUAGCACACGUUCCUUAAAAUCUGGAAUAAAGGGUGGGAAUGCCGUUUCCUCUCUGGCUGCUAUAGAAGAAACAAGGAGAGGGAUAGUGACAGAGACCCUGAGAGAGAAGCUUGAACUGGAGAAGAGGGCCCUGCAGGUGGUUGAGCGUCUACUAGAGGAUAGCGUGGCAGAUGACGUUCUGGUUGAUUGUGCUAGGUUGAUUACCACUGGUGAUUACAAAGACACAAUUGAGGAGAGAGCCAUAGCAAAACUGUGUGGCUAUCCUGUCUGCUCCAGUAAACUGGGCAAUGUUCCUCAUCAAAAGUACAACAUUUCCACCAAGACCAAUAAAGUGUAUGACAUUACUGAACGAAAGUGCUUCUGCAGUAACUUCUGCUACAAAGCCUCCAAAGCUUUUGAGCUGCAGAUACCAAACAUCCCUCUAUGGCUGAGGCACCAUGAGAGUCUUCCAGAAGUGAUUCUAAUGAAGAGAGGGGACAGUGGGUGUGCUGGAGAGGAGGUGAAGCUCAGGGCACGGCGGCUCAAAGAGCAGGACAUUGAAAACCCGGUGGAAUCGGAGGCUCCCAGAGACCCCAGACGCUCCCCUCUUGGACUCAGCCAUAGUGACAGCAGUGACGAAGAGCAGGGCUUUGGCUCCAGUGGGGUUUCCCAACCACCCGGACCAAGGGUACACUGGGGCGAGCUGCCCACAAAGAACACUGGCGAGACCAAGCUCCAAAAAGUUGGAAGGGCUAAUGUCGGCGGAGAGAGUAGAGAGGAAAGGAAGGGAAAGGAGAAAGGAAAGACUGAGGAGGAGUCAAAGGAAUCCCAAACAGGGAGGCGCACGGAGUGUGUUGGACCCCGACAUCCCACAUCAGGGGCUAGUCACCCCAGCGAGCAGCCUCUUCUCCUGGAGGAGAGAGGCUCCCCAGAGGGCCAGUCUGUGGAAGAGGCUGCUGAUCUGCUGAGACACUGCACCAUGCAGGACAGGCGAGCAGUCCCAGCCAACCCUCCUGUACACAGGGACACGACCCCAACACACUGUAGACGGGAAAGUCCCGCGGAACCAACUCCUCCACAACACAAUAACCUCCCUCCAGCAUCACAUCCCCUGCCCGGCCUUGACAUCACCCAGGUGGGCAUGAGCAGGAGAGGAGCGGCUGGGCUCCGUGGUCUCCUGAAGACGGAGGUACUGACGGACUUGAUCCAUGUCAACCUUAUAGAAGGCCUGCGCGGGACCUUCAGCGAGUGGAGGACUGAAGAAACAAUGAGGUUCCUAUAUGGUCUAGACCACAACUCUAACCCACCACUGACGGAGAGACAGGUGAAGAUGGAGGCGGAGGAGGAGGAGGAGCUGGAUGAAGAUGAUCUGGACGAUGUGGUGGAAGCCAAGGGCCAGGGGGGAGAGCCUGGGCACUAUGGGGGGGCUUGGAGACCCUCGGCUCCUGCCCCAGACUACCACACCCUGCGUAGGCACACGGAGGAGCAGGAUCUGAGGGUGAAAGAGUUCUACAAAGGCACAUAUGUUCUGCCUCAGAAUGUUGGGCAUGGAGAUUCAGAGGACCAGACGGGGAAGGAUCUAUCUCUCCCUCUGGUUGACUCCCAUGCCCAGCACCUCAUCCAGAAGCGUAUAGCCAUUGAGAAACUCACAAGAAGUCUCGGAGUUGUUCUGGGACCGCUGUGUCUCACCAUGAGUGACGUCUUCAGUGACCUCAGCAGUCUGGUGCGGACCUUCAGAUUCACCAAUACCAACAUCAUUCACAAAACCCCCGAGUGGACCCUGAUUGCUGUGGUGCUCCUCCAUGUGCUAUCGGAGGUGUCUCCCGAGGUACAGAAAGCCCUUGAGAGCCCAGGGUCUGUACAGUACCUCUCUACUCUUAUGGACAAACUCACCAUCAAUGCUCAGGACUUGCAGAGCUUAGUACAGCUGCUCAAGGCCCCAUCUCACUGACACCCAUACCAAAUUUACGAUAGAAUUUAGAGACCUGGGGGGGCUUGUGCAGUCAUCUACUGAUAAACUGUAUAAUGGAAUAUCUUGGGUUUAUAUUCUUUGGUCCUUAACUAAUUUACAAAUAUUUUUCCAAGCAUUAAAAUGCACAUUAUUGAAUCGUGGACUUGUGCAUGUGUUAAGUUCUUCCAAGUUUAGUAGAUCAGGUCUUUGCAGUGUCUUCUGUUUUUAUGACUUUGACUGUAAUGCCUAAUCACUGUGUACACAAUCUGUGAAUAGAUGUCUAAAUCAGAAGAGUUUAAAACACCACAUGUUAAACCUAUACCCUGUCUCUGUACAACCUAAUAAAUUACACUCAAUUGCCUUUUAGGAUACCUUUUAAAUGAUUGGACAAAAAUGGUGACGCUAUUUUCCUCCCAACUUCCUUCACAGGAACUUUAUGGUGUCAUAAUUUAAUUUGUUUGAAGUGUGUUAACAAAGCUUGGGUGAGAAAAUAUUUGGUGUUGA